AUGGAUCAUCAUUCUUUCUCCUUCGCCUUUUUACUGGUGACAAUUUUUCUUUGUUGCACGAUCGAAACAACUCUGUCUUAUCAGCUGAUUCCUCAGAAAGCACGAAAAUUGUUUCAACAAAGCAAACAACAAGUUUCGAAACGGUCCUUCCGAAACCUGGAUGUGGAAGAGACCGAUGCUACUGAUGCCUACGAUUCGACAAAGCCGUUGAACCUUGGCGUCGUCGGACUCAAGCUACAGCAAAUUGCUCAAAAACGUGCCUCCAUCAUGGCGCUCAAAAAGCAAAAGCCUGAGGCCAUUGUGGCCAAUGAAAUCAGUCGCUUACGACAGACAAUCUUGGACGAACAAAAGGAAUUGAGACGGGUUCGUAUCGAAAACUAUGUCCAAGAGCAAACGGAAGCCAUUGCCGAUCAUCAAGUUCUUCAAUUGAUCAAAGAACGGUUUGACAGCUACUCCACACCUGGACAUCGCAAGGACAAUUCCACGUUGGCCCUCGCCAUUGAAGGUGGAGGCAUGCGAGGGUGUGUCUCGGCUGGCAUGGCAGCUGCCAUUGCCUCUCUCGGAUUGACAGAUGCAUUUGAUACCGUCUAUGGAUCAUCGGCUGGAUCAGUUGUUGGUGCCUACAUGAUUAGCCGCCAGAUGUGUGUCGAUGUCUAUGUAGACAUUCUCCCGGCUGCCAAGAAAAAGUUUGUGUGCAAACGGCGUCUGAUUCGAUGCAUUGCGGCCAAUUUGGCAGAUGUCAUGGUCACGGAAAUGAAGCGCAACAACAAUUUGCCCUUGAAUGUCGAACCAAAACAAUCGUCCUCUACUAGCGAAGGGAGGACACCGGGAAUGAACAUUUCCUAUGUCUUGGAUGGCAUCAUGGGCCUCAGCGAAGGUGUGCGACCUUUGGACAUGGAAAAUUUUCAAGAGAAUAACCAACGGCAACGCUUGCGCGUGGUUUCCUCGACCGUCGACGAAGACGGCAACUUGCGCUCCAAGGUGUUUGGUGCGGAAGACUUUUUCAACUCUACCAUGAAGCAAAUGAAAGACAAAGGCGAUCGUGAAGGUCUCUUUGCGUGUUUGCAAGCUAGCAUGACUGUCCCCGGAGCCACUGGCCCUCCUGUCCGACUCCAUCGUGCAAACAAUAAGGACAAUGUACUGCCGUGCUUUGACGCAUUUUGUUUCGAGCCGAUUCCGUAUCGAUCGGCUGUGGAAGAAGGCGCCACCCACGUCUUGGCCUUGUGUACUCGCCCAGAGGGUUGUCAACUCAAGACAAAGCCAGGUGUGUACGAGCAGGGAGUCGCACCAAUCUACUUUAAGUCGCAUGGCCUACCAAAGGUAGCAGAGUAUUUUGAGAAGGGAGGUCAGCAGUACAUUUAUGCUGAAGAUAUCUUGACACUCGAAGAGGGCAAAAUGGCAAGGUCUUCCAAAAUCUCGGUGCCACCUCCAAAAAUUUACCACGGCGUGGCGCAAACAGUCGACCAUCGAAAAGAAAUUGCAGAACGCAGCACAGGGUGGAAAAAGGCUCAUUUGCUACCAUUGAAGGUUUCGAGUAGCACUCCCGAGCUUCCGACUUUGGAACAAGACAAGGACGCGGUGCUGGAAGCAGUUCGUUCAGGAUAUGCUGCUGCCUUUGAUAUGUUGGCUCCAAUUGUGGGUUUGGAUUUAGACGUCCCAGGUUCUGAAGUAAGCAAAUUUAUCUUUCCAAGGAAAUCCACAGAAGAAGAAGAAGAAGAGUCUCCAAUCUCCGAGGAAGAUAUGGAGUUGGAGGACGAGCGACUCUUGAACACUCAGUUGCAUGUACCGGGAGCAGCGAUUCCAAGCUUUGUGAAAGUUUCCACUGACGCCCAAGAUAUGGAAGGCCCCAAUGGAGCUCCUCGGCGACGAAAGCGAGAACGGCUACGCUCGAUGGUUGUUCGAAUCGUAAAAUGGAAACGAAAAAGGAGGCAACCAAUGCCAGCUGUUGCUUCGAGUGGUUUGGAACUUGCUCAACUCGACGAGUAUUUAUCUUCUGAUUUCCCAUCAUCGGAAAUGGCUCAGACUUUGCUGAAAAAUCUACCUGGCCUAAAUGGGGAGCGUGCUGUGUUUCAUCACCUCAGCAAGGGCCUUCGUAGCUCAGUCUUUGAUGGAGAGGCAACGGCAUGA